UCCAAAUCCUGAUUUGGCCGACAGUAUAUGAAUGCAACAACAUGACUAAGCGGGAAAUUUGCAUUUCUUCUAUUUUUCCUCCUAAGAGGACGUCCACUUAAAACAUAUUAAUUGUUAAAGCAGUUAACUGGCACUAUCUAACAGAUGAAUUGUUGGAUAGACAUACUAUGCAAUUAUUGUGGUAAAUAUGACUUUCACACACACACACAGUGGAAUAGGUUUUAAAAUGUAAUUUACAGAAAUGUUUAGCUGUGUUUGUAGCAUGUGUAAUUAUUAUUCAAACCGAGUCUAAUAAUAAUAACCCUCUUAAAUUAAUGUAUAUAAAAUGGAUUUCUAUUGUGUCAUCAUUAUGUGUGGGAUUCCCAUUGGUUCAGGCCUGUUCUGAUGAGAACAUAGCCUAUGUUUGUAUACACCAUUUAAAGCUGAACUUAAUCUCCACUUUAAGUAAGUUACAACCUCCUGUUUGGGAUACUUCCCACAUCCUGACGUCAGCUGGAUGUGAGAUUUUUUCCUCCCCAUCCCACCCUCAAACUGACGCAUUCACAUAUCUGCUCUUCGACAGCAACCUGGGUCUCAGGUAUCCACACAUGAACACCAACAAUAUGCCACCUGAGCCUCUCCUGCAGCAGUGAUGCCUCUCUUCAGCCCUCCUGCCUCGUUCCUCUGCGUGCUGCUGUGCGUGUCCGUGGCCCUGCAGCGAUCCGACCUGCGCCUGGCUUACGUGACCCACACCAGCUUUUUCUACUACUCCUGCAGCCAGGACCCGCAACCCUGCAGCAUCUCGUCGCUAGCAGACUGCAGAUGCAAGGACAUCCAGCUUUCCGCGCUGCACCGCCCCCAGUCGCACUCGUCUCCUGUUUUCAGGAUGAGACGUUUAACAGUUUGGUUCACGUCGCCAUUGAACACGGCACGUCUGCUCAACAACUCGGAGGUCAGGCACCUCACCCUGGUCCACUGUGGCCCUGGUGGAUCCAGAGGGACGGCUUCUUCUUCUUCUUCCUCCUCCUCCUCCUCCUCCCCGGAGGGACAUUUUGCUGUGCAGCACCUGGAGAGGCUGACGGUGGUGAACCUGUCGCAGAGGCUGGCUCACCAGUGUCCAGUUGCAAACAGAGCCAAGAACACAGACUUACACACUGACCCAGACAGAGAUAACGGUGCUCACCUGGGCACAAAUAGAUACAACAGGGACAGAGACACAAACCAGGACCCGAGGAGAGAUUCCCUGGCUUUGUCCUCACCCCAGAUCCAAGACAUCUUCCUGGGCAGGGAGCUGGGAGCAGCUUAUCACGAACAGGCCAGACUGGGAAUCAUCCACAGCUCAGUGCUGGAGUGGGGAGCAGUGGUGAAAGCCUACACAGUCCAGACUCACAUAGACAAUGAUGGCAUGCUGCCCUUUCCUGACCUCCACCUACCGAAACUACCAGAGACAUCUGUCAUAUACGUCAGCUUUGUGUACUGAGACCAAGAUACUCUCUGAGUAGGGCGACGGGAGGCGGAUGAUUCAGAGUUUAGGAAUCCUGAAUUUCAGAAGUUUGGAUCUCAUUUGUUGUAGGUCUAAAGCUCUGGUUUAUAUUUUCUGUGGGGGAAAAAAUGGGAGCCAAAAUGUUCAUUAGUUUACAGACUGUGUUGCAUUUAGGGCUGGACUGAUAAAUAAGUUUCCUAAGAGAGUGAACACAAAGAAACAUUGAAACUGACCUAUUGAACUAUUGUCUAAACACCCUUGUAUUCUGUACUCCACGAUCCAUUUGUUUUCAGUACAAAGUAAAAACACGUUUUGGCACAAAUCUGCAAAUUAUGACUAUACAUAAAUAAACUAAAAUGUUCGCGUUCCUUGAGCUUUAAUCAUAGUUCUCCGAAGUGCCCCAAAAGUUUGCACAACUGUUGAUCAGCAUGUUGGAACAAAGUACGCCAGCUAAUGAGACCCUCUGUGGGGCCAGAGGAGCCCGUCAGCGUGCAAAUGUCGUCUAUCUUAAACUGAAGUCCGUUCAACAAAGGCUCUGCUGCCACUGCUGCAUUCACAGUGAACGUAACGCCAAAGACUGAUAUAUACUGUACCAAUACUUUUGUCCGCCUUUCACAACACCGCACGAGUCAGACGCACAGAAAGGACGCAGCGUCUCGCGUGUUUGGGCUAUCAAAGAGUUUUUGAAAGUUACGCAGAGUUCGAUCUGCGGCUGCGUUUAGCUUCGAGCACGAGAGCGAAAAGUACUGCGUGACGAAAGCGCGCUUCUACAAUUGAACCACAAGAUGGCAGCAGAUACGCGCGAGUCAAAGAGCCACAAGCGCAGAAAGCAGGACUCAGCGGACUGACAGGACGAGAGGAAGAGCUUCAUGUUUUCCCUCCUUCCUUUUAUUUAACACAUCUAUGAAGAAUCUAGUAAAGCUCGCACAUAACGAAGGUGUCGUCACGCAUCUCGGCUCUUUUAAAGCUUGCAAGGUUAUUGUGAUAUUUUUUCAGGAUAAAAACAUACUGU